GAAACAGAAAUAUUAUUUUUCGAGUGCGAAUAUGUCUUUAGAUGAUAUAGAGGAGCUAAGCCAGAAUAUAAGCGACUUUCUUAUUGAAGCUAAAGAUGCAAAUAAUGUUGAUGUAAUUUCACACCAUGUAACAGGACCAUUUCUGAGAUCAAAGCGACUUCUUUCUGGUAGCCGUUCGGGAUGUUACAGUAUUUACUCUAUGGUUGACAAUUCACGUGAGCCAAUCCAAAUUCGUGCUAGAGAGAUGUUUCAAACUCCUGUAAAUACUUUCACGUUCAGCGUAGACCCAAAAGAGAUUUUUAUCCCUGGUGAUCGGCCAGGAAUGCUGUUUUCUGUCCACUCUCCAUUUGAAGGAGUGAAUCCAUUUGAGAGAGGAAUUUUCAUGAAAAUAGGAAGAAUAUACAAAUUGUAUGUUAGAAUGGAAAAACAAAUCUUAUUGCCUUUACCUUAUAAAACGAAUUGUAUGAAUUAUACCGAGGAGUGGCUUAAGAACAACAGGUCCGGUCCAAGAACAAAGAAGAUGUGCAUUCAUAAAUGUCUUCUAGAAGCUUCUGUGAAAUGCUUCAACUGUUCUGCAAGUCUGAUUUUUUACCCAAACAAUGCAAGAAUUUGUUCUUACGAUGAGGUUCAUACUAAUUGUUCCGAAAGAGAAAGAUUGUUUAAAUGCUCAUCAAAUUGCAAAGACGAUUGCGUGAAAAUAAAAUAUUAUUUUGAAGUCCAAGAAAGAUAUGAGAGAGAAUAUGAAAAUCCCAUUGAAACAAUGGAGGAAGCUGGUCUUGUAAAAGUGGAAGUCUACCUAGAUAGUUUAGAAAUUAUACGCCUUCAACACAGGCCACAAUUCAGGGACGUCGAGCUUUUCAGUUAUAUUGGUGGCUUUCUUGGCAUCUGGCUUGGAGUGUCAUUGGUAGAAGUAAUGGAUCUUCUUGAAGCUUUGCUACGUGUGUUUACUUACGUGUUUAGAAAAAGAAGAAAUCCUGCAUAGUUACUACUAAUAACAACGAUAAUGUUACUUAAUAUUCAGAAUGCCUGUUGCUGUAGAUUUAUGAUGAACAUUGUGCAAUUUUAUUCAAUAUUUAUAUAACUUGUAUUUUCGUAUUUCAAAAUACGUAAGCGCAGUUUUCAAUCAAAACAUAAAAUCUAAAAUGUGAACAUUUUGAUUGCUGUAACGAACAUCCAUCUUUUUUUUUUUUCAAUUUUAUUUUAUUUUUUUUCAUUUUUUUUCCGUAUUGUAAUUUUAUCAAAUUAAUUUUAAUUCCUUUUUUUUUUGUUACCUCUACAUUCAAGACACUGAAUUUUAUUCUUAAAUUUUGCUUAUUACCCAGUUACUUAA